GUCUCGUGGUGGCGGCCUUGGUUCCCGCAAACAGAAAGAGCUGCCCACAGAACCCCCUUUCACAGCUUAUGUGGGAAAUCUACCCUUCAACACUGUUCAAGGAGACAUAGAUGCCAUUUUCAAGGAUCUCAGUGUAAGGAGUGUACGACUAGUCAGAGACAAGGAAACAGACAAAUUUAAAGGAUUUUGUUACGUAGAGUUCGAUGAGGUGGAGUCACUCAAGGAAGCUCUUACAUAUGAUGGUGCACUUUUGGGUGACCGAUCACUCCGAGUGGACAUAGCAGAAGGCAGAAAACAGGAUAAAGGUGGCUUUGGCUUCAGAAAAGGGCCUGAUGACAGAGGAAUGGGAGGAGGUCCCCGAGAAUCCAGAGGAGGUGGAUGGGAUUCCAGAGAUGACUUCAAUUCUGGAUUCAAAGAUGAUGACUUCUUGGGAGGCCGGGGUAGAGGAACCCGCCCUGGAGACCGGCGACCACCAGGUGCCUCGAUGGGAAGCGGUGGCACUGGUCGCUUCAGAGAUGGGCCUCCCCUCCGUGGAUCUUCCAUGGACUUCAGAGAGCCAACAGAAGAGGAAAGAGCACAGCGGCCCCGACUUCAGCUCAAGCCUCGAACAGUUGCUACUCCCCUCAAUCAAGUAGCCAACCCAAAUUCUGCUAUCUUCGGUGGAGCCAAGCCCCGAGAGGAAGUAGUAAAAGAGCACGACUGAGUUUGGGGUUGGGAGGGAAUGGGGAGGCGGGAGAAAAAGCAAGACAGUACAGAGUGACUAGCUCUGCUGGAAUGUCAACCCUGCAGUUUACCAUUCCUGCCAUCUGGUAUUUGUCCUCUUUGAAACCGAAAAUACAGAGCUUGUGAAUGCAUGUCAGCUGUUAACAAGUGGUUUUUAGUACGUUCUUGGCUUUGCUGUAUCUAGUGCCUGCUUUGUGCUGAGUUUCCCUCUUCUGUUUCCUUCCAAGCAGCACAGUUGCCAGUAGAUAAGGCAGUGUAGCUGCUUCCACGAGCGUGGGGGUCUCUGGACAAAGGUGCUGCUUCACUUCUUCCUUUCUGGGUUUGUUUUACUUUAGAAGCACAGAUUAGACUUAGUUAUUUCUCUGUAUUGUUUUGUUUUACUUCCUCAGUGCUCCUCUUCUGACCUGCAUGUCUCGUUCUGUAUUGCUGUGGCUCUGAAGAGGAAAACUGGAGAGUCCAGAUGAGUUGAACAGAGAAAUUUACAGUUCUAACCCAGUAGGGAAAUACCAUUUGCGACAAUUGGUGAUGAAAUUACUGUAUUACAGCAGGACCCCUUAUAUAAAACUAAGGGGCUCUGCCUUUUCACACAGGUUACGAGGAAGUGUCAGUUUAAUAGAUGCAAAUAAUAAAAUUGGCCGAGAGGAAGCCUGGUGAAUAGGUGCUGAACCAGUGUGAUAAAGCAGCUGCCAGCAGCCUCCCGCUGGUGGCCGUUGACUUCAAAAUGGUAUGAUCCUACACCUCUGAGCUCCAGGUUAGCGCUGCAAAAACGUGCCUGUUUGAGCACAACUGUUCACUGGCUCUUUCUGCUUACUUUUUUGAGUUUUACAUGUUUGGUA